UCAGCAUGAAUUUUUCCAUCACGACAUGUUUCCUUUCCCAUCCCACGACAUAACAUUCCGACGAUAUAUUCGAAUAGUAUUCGGGACAAGUAACCGGACUGGCGUACCUUGAGGACAUUUUCAGGCUUGAUGUGAGGCGGAGGCGGCAUGGUGGGCGACGAUAGCGGCUGGGAUAAGCGAUCACAAUAUGGUGGAUGAAGACGACGAUGCUAUCCUUCGACUGGGAGGAGGUCGAAAGGGAAGAAAAGGCACGUCGGAUCGCACAACGACAGGCGGGCAGCAGGGAGUCGAGGGCGUAAGGAGGAGCCUGAAGAUAGAAAGGCUGCCACGCGACGGUCGGCGAGAAAGACCCAGACAAGAGAACGUCAGGCAGUCAAUCUUGUUGAGAAAGACAAGGGCAACUCUCUCUCUCUCUUCUCGCUCUCUGACUCUCUCGUUGUGCGAACCGCGAAAAUUCCGGCCGCCGGCGUUCCCACUUUGGGUUAAGCGAUGCGGGUCACGUGCUUAUCCCCGUGUUUAUGGCUUGGGAUUGCAGGGAAUUGUCCCCAUGGGAAUGAUUCAUUUUACAUCAUACAGUCAUUUCUUCUCCAUUCAUUCCAUUGAAGACAUACCUUUAUUCUGCCAAAACUUCCCCAAUUUGGGAGUGGCUGUUCUGCUCAGCCAAUCUCUCGGGGAGCCAUUCUCCAUUCCUCCCUCCUCUGCCGGGUGGAUUGUUGUUUGGCCCGUUUGAGACGAGACGAUCACUUGCAGUGAAAUAAGAACAUGUUGUCAUGAACGCGUCCAAGCUUCUAAACCAUGGACUAGUGUGUCUAGAUGGAAAAUAAAAUAUACGAUUGACAGGGUUUGCGACAGCAAACAAGAGUGUUGCUGCCACUGCUGCUGAUGAUGAAGGGGGCGGGAGUACUCGGUAUAAUUAGUAGCUAGCUAGUAUGGGGGUGGGAAGAGGAGACGAGAGAGGGCAACAGUGCUCAGGGAUGAACUGAUUGGAUAGGAUGGGGAUCAAGCAGUGAUCCAUCCACGUGAGGCUGAUGAGCCUCCUCCAGAAAUAAUCAAUGCUACAACCAACAAAC